CCUAGAAUGCACCAUCACCCACAACCCAUUCAAAAUCAUGUCAACUUCCAGAACCAUCUUCAUCACCCUGAUCCUCACGGUGGUGACAGUGUUCACGAGCACGAAGACAGCAGAAGGUGCUCGCACGUUCUUCGUGUUCGGAGACUCACUAGUUGACAGUGGCAACAACAAUUACCUCCCAACCACCGCACGCGCCGACUCUCCUCCCUACGGCAUCGACUACCCCACCCACCGCCCCACCGGUCGCUUCUCCAACGGCUUCAACCUCCCUGACCUAAUCAGCCAGCAUAUAGGAUCCGAACCAACGUUACCAUACUUGAGCCCUCAAUUAACCGGACAGAGGCUCUUGAUUGGGGCUAAUUUCGCUUCCGCAGGGAUAGGAAUCCUUAACGACACCGGUUUUCAAUUCGUGGGGAUAUUGAGAAUGUUUCAGCAGUUUGCGCUGUUCCAGCAGUACCAGGGGCGGUUGAGUGCGGAGGUGAGGGCGGCGCAGGCGCAGCGCGUGGUGAAUGGGGCGCUGGUGAUGAUGACGCUUGGCGGCAACGACUUUGUUAACAACUAUUUUCUGACUCCUGUGUCAGCCAGGUCUCGCCAAUUUACUAUCCCUCAGUACUGCCGAUACCUAAUCUCUGAGUAUCGAAAAAUUCUUAUGAGGUUGUAUGAGUUGGGAGGAAGAAGGGUGCUAGUGACUGGAACUGGUCCAUUGGGUUGUGUUCCUGCUCAGCUUGCUACGAGGAGUAGGAAUGGAGAGUGUGUAGCUGAGUUACAACGAGCUGUUCAAAUUUUCAACCCACUGUUGGUCCAAAUGAUCAGAGAUCUCAACUCUCAACUGGGCUCUGACGUUUUUGUUGCUGUCAAUGCCUUCCAAAUGAACAUGAACUUCAUCACCAACCCUCAAAGAUUUGGUUUUGUUACAUCAAAAAUAGCAUGUUGCGGUCAAGGUCGUUUCAAUGGGAUAGGAUUGUGCACUGUAGCAUCAAACUUGUGCCCAAAUCGUGACACAUAUGCAUUUUGGGAUCCUUAUCACCCAUCUGAACGUGCUUUAGGGUUUAUUGUCAGAGACAUCUUCAGCGGAACUUCUGAUAUUAUGACUCCAAUGAACCUUAGCACCAUCAUGGCCAUAGACUCCAACCUCUAUUAA